CAUUGUGUAUGGAAAUCGCACUGCCUACGGGCAUUUCGGAACAAACUAUUAUAAAAGAAAUUAUGCUGUUAUGCUGAACGUGUCUUGGGCUGAAGCAUUCGAUAGAUGUACACAAAAUAUCAACUCUGGACGACUUUUCAACAGACCGAUUGGUGGGAUGGAUAUGCAUUUACAACAUGACAGAAGUGUACUCAGGCAAAAGGGAUGGCAAAAUGGUGAUAUUUGGCUAGGAAUUAUGAAAAAGGAUGAAAGCAAAUGGUUGGGUGCCACACAUUUCAACUGUGAAGAUGUAAUUUCCGACUCAUUAAGAAACACACUACCUCCUUUAACUCCAGGAUUUUCACAGUGCAUGUUGUUAAAUAUGUCUGGCUCUGGUGAUAACGACAUUUACUAUGCAGCAUCAUGCGAGGAACUGCAUCCAUUCCUUUGCCAAUCGCAGGUUUUUCAAGGCAAGGUAGACUCAACCAUGUUUAGUGAGAUGAUGGUAAAACGUGAUCUUUUUAACUUUGUACUAACAGUAAAACAUCACGAUGUCAACGUAGCAAAUGAUUGUCUAGUUGAGAUUAACAAUAAUCCUGAAGCUUUUGCCGCGGUUUAUGUUCAGUCAAUAAAUGAUUGUGAGGUAUAUGUACAUAAUCCCACUGUAAUAUAUCCUGUCAGAGUACAAAUGGAAAAUAACACAAAUGUAACGAGUUUCGUGAAAACAAAAGGCCAUGAAGGUACGUAA